AAAACCUUUUGCUUUGCAAAUAUAACCCCUUAGAGUGUUUGGGUUCAUCUGAUGCAGUAUUUGAUGCUGGUUACAUCACAGACUUCUUAAUCUGUGCUGUUCCUCUGUGGCCGAGAGUUGAAUGAGCAUGUGAAAGCUGUGAACGUGAAUUUUGAUUCUUGGAAAAGAGACACUUAGACACCUAUACAGAGAUUUUUUUAUGAAAACCGAGGAUGGCUUGCAGAAGGUGUCAUUUGUCUAUAAAUACUCUGCACCAGUUUUGCUGUCCAGCUCCAUUGUACCAUACUCUACUAAUUCUCCCUGCCACAUACUCAGAGUACAGGACUUCCUUGGAAACAAGAAAAAGCCUUUCAACUGAUCCACGCAGUGUUGAGGGUGAAGCUCCUGGAAAUGAAACUGGCGCAUCCCUGGAUAGUUCAUCUGCUUAUCAUCAAGGAACUAUAACUCACAGUUCAGCUCUAAGUCCAGAUCAUUAUGACCAUUCUCCAUAUGGUCUAUAUUCUGUCUCCCCUGGACAGCAAAGGCCCCGGAGGCCAAAGCUUCAGCACUCAACAUCCAUAUUAAGAAAACAAGCAGAAGAAGAAGCUAUUAAAAGGUCACGGUCCCUUUCAGAAAGCUAUGAACUCUCAUCUGACUUGCAGGAUAAACAGGUUGAAAUGCUAGAACGAAAAUAUGGAGGCCGUCUCAUAACUAGACAUGCUGCUCGUACUAUACAGACUGCUUUCCGCCAGUAUCAGAUGAACAAAAACUUUGAGCGGCUUAGAAGUUCUAUGUCUGAAAAUCGUAUGUCAAGACGCAUUGUACUAUCCAAUAUGAGAAUGCAGUUUUCAUUUGAAGGACCUGAGAAAGUUCACAGUUCCUACUUUGAGGGGAAGCAAGUUUCUGUUACAAAUGAUGGAUCAAAAAUAGGAGCCCUUGUCCAGUCUGGAUGUAAUGAUCUUGCUGAAUCGACUACAAUGAAAUCUCCAGCAGCUUCCACAGACUUUGCUGAUGCCAUAACAGAAUUGGAGGAUGCUUUUUCAAGACAAGUAAAAUCUCUUGCAGAAUCCAUUGAUGAUGCAUUAAACUGUCGUAGUUUACACUCUGAUGAGGUACAGAUACCUGACCAAGUCAGAAGUCGUGAAAUAGAAAGAGAUAGUUGUGGUCCAACUAAAUCAGCAAGCCAUAAUGUUGAUCAUAGGAAACUUGAUGAAAUGACUGCUUCCUAUAGUGAUGUUACGUUAUAUAUUGAUGAGGAAGAGUUAUCCCCACCACUUCCCCUUACUCAUCCUGUAGAAAGACCAUCGAGCACAGAGUCUGACUUGAGACUUAGAUCAAUAAACCCUUCUCAAGAAUACUGGUCUAUGACACAUAAAGACCAUAAAAUAGACACUGACACAAGUUGUAGGAGUACCCCUUCAUUGGAAUCCCAAGAACAGAGAAUGAGGAUGGAUCAUCUUCCUUUGCUAACCAUAGAACCACCAAGUGACAGUUCAGUUGAUUUAAGUGACCGUUCUGAAAGAGGAUCACUGAAGAGACAAAAUGCAUAUGAUCGGGGAAUUAGUAGUCAGCAAGGUAGCCCAAAGCACAUAUCACAUGGCCUCCCUAGCAAAGUAAUAUCCCGAGAAGAUCCAGAAACUAGGCAUAGACCUAGGCCUAUUGACAGCCACUUGGCUAUUAAUGGUACAGCAAACAGGCAAAGCAAAUCUGAAUCUGAUUAUUCUGAUGGAGAUAAUGAUAGCAUCAACAGCACUUCCAAUUCUAAUGACACAAUAAAUUGCAGUUCAGAAUCAUCUUCUCGAGACAGCUUAAGGGAACAAACUUUGAGCAAGCAAACAUACCACAAAGAAACUCGUAAUAGUUGGGAUUCCCCUGCCUUCAGUAAUGAUAUCAUCAGGAAACGUCAUUAUAGAAUUGGACUGAACCUUUUUAAUAAAAAACCAGAAAAAGGAAUCCAGUACUUGAUCGACAGAGGCUUUGUGCCAGAUACGCCUGUUGGAGUUGCCCAUUUCCUGUUACAGAGAAAAGGUCUCAGCAGACAAAUGAUUGGAGAGUUCUUGGGAAAUCGACAAAAGCAGUUUAACAGGGAUGUUUUAGACUGCGUUGUGGAUGAGAUGGACUUCUCAGCUAUGGAACUGGAUGAAGCUCUCAGGAAAUUUCAAGCUCAUAUCCGUGUCCAAGGAGAAGCUCAGAAAGUAGAACGACUCAUUGAAGCUUUUAGCCAGAGAUACUGCAUCUGCAAUCCAGGAGUUGUAAGGCAGUUCAGAAAUCCUGACACCAUCUUCAUUCUAGCUUUUGCAAUCAUAUUAUUAAACACAGAUAUGUAUAGUCCAAAUGUAAAACCAGAACGUAAAAUGAAGCUUGAAGAUUUUGUCAAAAAUCUAAGAGGUGUAGAUGAUGGUGAAGAUAUUCCACGAGAGAUGCUCAUUGGGAUUUAUGAGAGAAUCCGAAAACGGGAACUCAAGACCAAUGAGGAUCAUGUGUCACAAGUUCAAAAGGUUGAAAAACUCAUAGUAGGAAAAAAGCCGAUUGGAUCUUUACAUCAUGGCCUUGGUUGUGUUCUGUCUCUCCCACAUCGGCGGCUUGUUUGUUACUGUAGACUCUUUGAAGUUCCAGAUCCAAAUAAACCUCAGAAGCUUGGAUUACAUCAGCGAGAAAUAUUUUUAUUUAAUGAUCUCCUUGUGGUCACUAAAAUUUUUCAAAAGAAGAAGAAUUCAGUCACAUAUAGUUUUCGACAGUCCUUUACCCUCUACGGAAUGCAAGUUCUCCUUUUUGAGAAUCAGUAUUAUCCAAAUGGCAUACGACUGACAUCAGCUGUUCCGGGAGCAGAUAUCAAAGUUUUAAUAAAUUUCAAUGCUCCAAAUCCCCAGGACAGAAAGAAAUUUACAGAUGAUCUGAGGGAAUCUGUUGCAGAAGUACAAGAAAUGGAAAAACACAGAAUAGAGUCUGAAUUAGAGAAACAGAAAGGUGUAGUGCGACCAAGCAUGUCUCAGUGCUCUAGCCUGAAAAAAGAGUCUGGCAAUGGAACAUUGAACCGGACCUGCCUGGAUGACAGCUAUGCCACGGGGGAAGGCCUCAAAAGGAGCGCUCUUAGCAGCUCCCUUAGAGAUCUUUCUGAAGCAGGCAAGCGUGGGCGACGCAGCAGUGCAGGAUCGCUAGACAGCAAUAUGGAAGGGUCCAUCAUUAGCAGUCCUCAUAUGCGCCGAAGAGCUACAUCAACCCGAGAGUGUCCAUCUCGCCCUCACCAGACUAUGCCUAAUUCUUCCUCACUACUAGGGUCCUUAUUUGGUAGUAAGCGAGGAAAGCCUUCCCAAGGCCAUUCAGCAUCUGGCCCACCACUGCCACCUCAGCACCCUCCCAUAAUGUCACACCCGCAGCAUUCUCCACAUCCUCCUGCCAUGCACCACCCGGGUCCGGCUGAAGGGCAGACCCAGGCACAAGUGCACAGCCACCACUCUCAGUACUGCCAUAUGCAGAACCCACCUCCUUAUCACCAUCACCAUCACUAUCAUCCGCCCCAGCACAUCCAGCAUCCGCACCAGUACCAUCAUGGGCCACACUCGCAGCAUGUAGCUCAUGCCCAGCAUUCGUACCUGCCACAUUCCCACACCCCAUAUUCCCACGCUCCCCAUCCUCCCUUGCCCCCUCCUCAUUUGGCACAUCCUUCCCAUCACCAUGCACAGCCAAUAGCCCCUUCUUCUUCAGCCAGCACGAAGCCCAAGCAUAGCGGCAUCAGCACAAUAGUCUAGAAACCAGCCAGCCACCCAGCCACAGCUGUAGCUCUAGGCCUAGAUGUAAAGGCACUUACAGGAAACAGAAGCAGCCUAUAAUGCUGGUUAUUUUUUUAAUUUAUUUUAAAAGAUCUGAACCAGAAGCAACUUAAUUGACUCCUUUGCCUUAAGGACUCAAUGGAUCAAUGCAUAUUAACCUCACAGUGCUGGUCUUAACAGUUCGGUGGUGACCUUUUCCCUCCUUUUUCUCUAGUAGCCUUGAAAAUAUGCUGCUUGCUGAAAACGUUAAGCUACCUUUUUUCAUCCGCAUGACCAUUUUUAACAAGUAAUGAAAACAUAACUUACUCAGAAUAAAAGGAAAACUAUGAAAUAAAAUUAAUGUGGCAUUCUUGCUCUUUAAUUUACAAUGGGCAAAAAAUGUAGACCUCAUAUGGUUGAUGAAAAUACGUAAGUAAACUCUAUGUAAUAUAAAUAUAUAAAUAUAGACAUAUAUAUAUAUAUAUAGAUAUAUAGAUAUAUACAGAAAAAGAGAGAGAGAGAGAGAGAGAGAGACUGCAUAGCUAACAUUUAUGCUUAGAACAAAGUUUUUUCAGUCCACAAGGUUAGCAAUAUAUACUUUUCCAUAAUUUCCCUUACUGAUAAAGGGCAGUAAAAUAGAUGAGUAGCAAAUGGAAGUGUAGACCAAAAAACUAAGGAACAAAUUCCAGGCAUUUCAGUACUCAUUGAGCAAGUUCUAUGGACUUAAAAAAAUAAAAUCUUUAAGCAAUCUUUGCAAAAUGUGCCAAAUAACAUAGCAUAUAACUGUUGCAAUCAAAUAUGCUUUGUACUCUAUUAGUAUAAUAUACUUAUUCAGUAUUAUAACUGCUCUGCUAUUUCAGGUAAGCAAACUAGUUAAGAUGCAGUAAUUAUACAGUAGCAACAUGAGACAACCUUUACUCUAGGUUUUCUCUACAUUUUGGUUCCUCCAGUUCUUAGACACUUUAAAGGCUGUGAUAACUGUGAACUUACAUAGUUUACAUUUGUUUUGUAUUUAUGUAUAUUUUAAUAAAUACACAUGAAGAUUUACAUAGAUGGUAUUUACAUACGCUGCAUGAACAUUCAUCUCAGACCCUGAAAUAACCAACAUCCAUUCCUUUCAGCCGCAUUGCCUCUUUACCAUUUAAUACUCAGUUUUUAAUCAAUAAAAACUUCAGACUUUUUUUUCCACAUGAAAGCAAUCAGAAACUUGAAAGUUUAUUUUAGUAUUGAGUAUAGAUUUUUAUAACUGUAAUUCCAUGUAGCCAUGUGCUGGCAGCAGGAUUUUCUCACCAUUUUUCUCAUCACAUUUGUUAGUUUUAUCCAGCACUCAGCAGGCUGAGUCUCUGCUCGAACUGUCAUAGUCCAGUUAGUCCAAGACAUCUUGUAAAAUCCAACUGUGCUGUUGUUGCUUAUGUGUUGUACUGAGUCAUUUGCAAGACCAUAUAUUUCUUUGUAAGCCUAAAUCCUAUUUUUUUUUAAUAAAAUAAAAUCAUACACGGAGCAUACUUUGUAGUUUCAGCAUUUUGAGCCACCUCAGUCACGACUUUACAUCUAAAAGACAGAAACAAAAGGAACCGCAGAGCUGCACCAGCAGAAUUCUGAAUGUUGAUUUAAAAGAAGAGGAGGAAAAAUGUUCCAGUGAGAGAUGGGUAAAGCCAAACAAAAACUGAUUAUUGCUUCUGAAAGAAGUCAUAACGUAUGAAACAUCUUUCCUAUGCUGGUGAUUUCUGAUCUCGUUUUCUUCCCUCAUUUUCUAAUAUAUGUGGAUUAUAUAGAGUACCAGCAAAAAUAAGCUCAGUAGUUUUGUUAACUUUCAUUCAGCAGAAACAACCACUUACAAUCUGUUUAAAUUUGACAAUUAUUUUGUAUGCAAUACACAGCAGUUUUUCCUGUCCUUGGUUUUCCCUCCAUCUAAUUUAACUUCAUAGGAAAUUUUAAUAAAAAUAAUGUUAUUAUCCAAGCUGUCCUAGAUUGUGCGGAUUACCUGAGAGGGAACAUCACAACCCAAGGAUCUCUUCACAUUUAAAUUUGGGUUUUCUUCUUAUAAGGAAUAAUACAACUGUAUGCAUGCCAUCUAAUGUUAGUAGUAUUGAGGCUACACUCUCCAUAACGUAUAUUUGCAAAGUAUUUCAGUGUUACUGUUGAUAUUAGUUGAAGUAAAAUGUUAACAUAUUUAAAUAUGUCAGCUUUUCUUCAAACCUUUGUACCAAUAGUAAGUUGAAUUGUAACUUAUAAGUUGUUCCAGAAAAGAUAUGAUAGGGCAUUUUUUUCCUUUGUGUUGCUCAUUGUAUAAUUUGCAUAUAUCAAAAGCAAUGGACUGGAUAGUCAUUAUUUUACAUUUCAAGCAUUAAUAUCUGUAUUAUCUAUUUGCAUAUUUUAAAAAUGCUAUCCAUCUUUUAUACUCAUUGUUUUGAUAUUCCAGGAAAAUCAAUGAAAGAUUUUAGGUUUCUAGAUUCAUAUGCAUUUAGUUAGAUACAGGUUUUAUCUUUUAUAAUUAUACAGAAAAAAUAAUCAUCACAAAUGUUGAUGAUUAACAAAUAUAAAAAAUAUUCAAUACAUCCAUUCAAUCAAUAUGUUAUUUCAUAAAAAUCCAGUGUUGUUGCCAUUUAGACAAACCAUCCAAGGAAGGGAAAUACCUCUAGGUUUAAAAGUAAAAAAAAAAAAAAAAAAACGACUUCUUGUUUUGCAAAACUAAAGUAAUCAUUACAAUUUAUAUGCUACUGAAGAAAAUUUUUAAAAGGUAGAUAUUGGAAAGUAUUAAUUAUGUUUUCCUUAUUGAUUAAAAACAGUAUAAAGCACUACUGAACAUCACAUCUCUUUCUCUCAGUGAAAACUGUAAGAAAAAAUGGACCUUGUAAAAUAUCUUUUCUGGGACAACCAUUAAUUAUAUAUUUCUUUUAAUUAAGAAUGAAAUGUAAAUCAAUGUAAAGAAAACCAAAGUUAUCCUAUUAUGAUGUAAAUGUCUUGUAUUGCUAAAAGUCUUAAAAAGCAUAACUUGUAGGAUGAUUUUCCAUCAAGCACUGCAUGCAGCUGAAACCUCGUUUCUUGGUUUUUAAAUGAGCUGAAAAGCAGUCAGCAGCUACAUAACAAUGACACUUUACAUGUUGACUUGCUGUUUCAUAUACAGCUGUGCAUUUUCUGCAAUUAAGCAUGAGUUUUGCUGUUACCAUUGUAAAAUAUCAUCACAUCACACCUUGCCUGCAAAAAAAGUGUGUACAUACAAGGAAAAAAUGACCAAUCAUAAGAUACAAUUUUGAAGGAGGGAAAAAGGGGAGUGGAAACAGGACCAAGUAGGAAGAAUAAUUAAUUCUCUAAACUGUAUAUAGUGUGUAAAUUAGUAUUAAUAUAAGUCUGCAGUCACUUUACAGGUUACAAUACAGUACCUGUCUCUGCUAGGAACUAAAUCCCAGCUUUGAAUAGUAUUAAACUGUUAGAAUUAGAUUGAAUGCAGACUGUUAAAAGACUUCAAGAAACAUCAUGCUCACGAGAAGCUUCUGUAAAGGGAGAUUCAAGAGAUUUUGUAACUGUUGGAAAGGAAAGAGUGCUUUCAUUUUAAUAUGCAUUUGUUUGUAAGUAGUAUCAGACUUUAUUGUUGUUAAACUAUAACUGUGAUUAUGUGGGAAAUCAAAUAAAUCACUUUGAACUCACCCAGUUUCUCAUUCUUUGUAGAACAUAUAUUUUUUCAUAUUAAUUGAAUAAAAUUAUUUAUGCCACUUUAA